CGCAUUCAAACAUCGCGAGAUUUGGGUGAAUCCGCUCCCAGCGAGAUUGGGCCUGGUUUUGAUUGCAUUUAUAUUGUGUGAAGAACACACAGGAGAUGGAGAUGUCCACAGCUAACCCGUGAAGGUGUAGUUUUGCUACAAUUUGUUGCUCAUGUUUGACUAUGUGCUCGUGUGUAAGUGAGGCGAGGAAGCCGGGAGGAGUCAAGCGCAUGACACAAUGAGUCCUCCAGCUCUACCUGUGGACUUGCGGUGUUGUCACAGGACCUUUAGCUGGAUUCAGCAGCAGCAGGCAAGCAAAUCUCAGCUCCCAACCCAAUUGACCUCUUCCCCAGGGUGAGGGUAUGGACAGACGAGCACAAUGAACAGAUACAGCACCCUCAAACAACUCGGGGACGGCACAUAUGGCUCAGUCAUUCUCGGACGCAACCUGGAGUCCGGAGAGCUUGUGGCCAUUAAGAAAAUGAAAAGAAAGUUCUACUCGUGGGAAGAAUGCAUGAAUCUCCGUGAAGUUAAGUCUUUAAAGAAGCUCAACCAUGCUAAUGUGAUUAAGCUGAAGGAGGUCAUCAGGGAGAAUGACCACUUGUACUUUAUCUUUGAGUACAUGAAAGAAAACCUGUAUCAGCUAAUGAAAGACAGGACUCGGUUGUUCCCAGAAUCUGCUGUUCGAAAUAUCAUGUUUCAGAUCCUCCAGGGCCUUGCAUUCAUUCAUAAACAUGGAUUUUUUCACAGAGACAUGAAGCCUGAGAAUCUUCUGUGCAUGGGCCCAGAGUUGGUGAAGAUAGCCGAUUUUGGCCUCGCCCGUGAAAUAAGAUCUCGACCACCGUACACAGACUAUGUGUCAACCAGAUGGCAAGUGAAUAUUGUCUUGAAAAUUCAUGUAUCACUCACUGGCAAAUUAGGUGGCUCCGGUCUCUGCUCCUUCUUAAAAAGAGGGAUCCAGCACCCCGUUCUGACAAUCCAGAGGCACUGUCCCCGAUGUCCAGAAUGUACCCUGCCUCUUGCCCCAAGUCAGCUAGGAUAUGUUCCAGCUCACCCUGAGGAAGACGAGCAGUUAAAACAAACAGACAAAUUUAAAAAAAUAAUAAAUCCAACCAGUAUAUGGGGAAUUAAGAAUGUAUUUCUGGACAGGUACCGAGCACCAGAGGUCCUCCUCAGAUCCAUAUCCUACAGUUCCCCCAUAGACCAAUGGGCAGUGGGCUGCAUCAUGGCAGAGCUUUAUACCCUCAGGCCUUUAUUCCCGGGCUCCAGUGAGGUGGACACCAUAUUCAAGAUUUGCCAAGUUUUGGGUACACCAAAGAAGAAUGAUUGGUCGGAGGGAUUCCAGCUAGCCAGUGCCAUGCAUUUCCGAUGGCCUCAGUGUGUUCCCAGUAAUCUGAAGACACUGAUUCCGAAUGCCAGUCCUGAAGCCAUCCACCUGAUGACUGACCUGCUUCAAUGGGACCCCAAGAAAAGACCAACGUCUGCUCAGGCUCUCAGGUACUCGUACUUCCACGUGGGCCAGGCUUUGGGUACCCCUCAGCAGAUCCUCGAGCAGGGCAGACCCCAGUCUCAUCCGUUCCCCCCGCCGCCACCAUUAUUACAGUCCCAACAGACUCCACAGCAGCAACCGUUACAUCUGAGGCCUGUGCCUCCCUCUCAGCCACCGCCAGCGCACAACCAACACUGCACCCCCUCCAGGCCUGUGCAGCAGCUCCAGCCCUCCCCAGCCCCGCCAGCGGCAUACCAACGGCACAUGGAGCUGGUUCGAGAGCAGCAACCGAAGCACCUUCUCAAGCAGGAACCCAGAGAAGGAACACCACAAAUUAAUUUACCUUACAUUCUUGACAAGAGCAAGACGAGGCAGGAAAGUGACAACACAAACCCGCUGACCUAUCAGAUGAAAGCAAAGGGCGGGCGUCGCCGCUGGGGUCACAGCACAGGACACCUUAAAGAGGACGAGUGGGACGACUACGAAGACACUGAAUUGACGCCAUCGAAUAUUCUGGGAAAAAGCAACUCUUCUAAAGAGAAGUUCAGACAGGCAGAUGAACCACUUAGAAGAUAUAGCGACAUUCUGGACUUCAGUCACCCUAAUGGCAAAGAAGAAGCACCUUUAAACCUCAACAAAGCUUCGGGCUACCAGGAAUCAGCAAGGACUGUGUCUGCCAAACAACACUACCUGAGGCAGUCUCGAUAUUUACCAGGGAUCACCACAAAGAAAAACGUGACCAUAAACGUGAAUAAAGACAUGUCUGGAAGCCAUCUUUGGGGCAACAGCAGUAUACCAUUUGGUGGCACACUACCAAGCAGAGGUCUUCAUGGCACAAAUACAAUUCCAGCGGGAAGCUUGCCAAGAUUUUACACAAAAGAUGUCGGUUCUGCUGGUCACAGAGGUCAUCAGGGUCCUUCUUUGGAAUCAACAGCAUCAAAUUAUGCAACAUGGCGAUCCACUCGGAGCCAGAGGACCCCCUCCACCAAUGUGCCAAACAAAAGCCCCCCUUGUCUGUUACCACGUGUACCGGUACAGAGCAUCCAUGGGCGAAUCGACUGGUCUGCCAAAUAUGGACACCGCUAGUGGCCUGGAAGACACUCUUUAAUUUACCUCCCAAAGAGUAAUCAAACGGUGUCCAUAUAUCUUAACAGCAAUAAUGUUUGCUUCACGACACAUAGCAUGGACGUGUGUGUGUGUGUGUGUGCACGUGUGGUUACAUGCCAUCCCCCCAAAAAAACGAAAGAAAAAUUGCACCUCUGUAAUAUAAUUAUAUACUCUCCUUUCUGGCUGUUGUUACAUAUUGUUUUGUAUGAAUUAUUAUUGGACCUGUUUACCAACAUGUAAAAAUGAAAUGCAUAUUAUGGGGGUACUGUGAGUUGUUUACAAACAAUGGAUUACUUUGCUACUGUAUAUUACUUUCUAUAAAUAUGUGGCUACUGUAUAUUACUUUCUAUAAAUAAGUUGCUAUUUUUUUACUUUAAUGCUGAUGUAGUUUGCAUGUUUUUUUUCUCCAAAUAAAGUCAUGGCAGUGA